GAUGUCAUCCAAAAACCUCGAGAACACUCCUCUAUUGGCUUGUGACGGCGAAACACUGCAGGCGGUAUGGCUGUCAAAAACAUAAUAGAUGUCCAAACAGGAACCACAGAGAAAUAUCGUGACACAACGCAAGGCAUUUAACGGAUUGUGGAGUAGUGGUACAAUCUGAAUAAACCAGUCGGACAGCAAACAAACAGUAUACUCGCCUCUUCUGUAGUCGUCGCGUUGCUAUGGUGCGGUAAGCGCGAGAGACUGGACACUAAAAGAAAUUCACAUGAAGCCUCAAUCGUAAAAACACCGAAGAAAAUGUCUAAGGUGUGGGCCGUUUGAUUAUUCGUUAUCAUAUGGCAGCAGCAGAUAACCAAGGAUCUUUGCUGCGCAUGGGCAAUAAGGCAACCCCACUGCGCACACAGACACUGUUAUGGCUAACAAUUUGUAUGGCUGCUGCAUCUCUUUUGCUCUAUGGUUUUUUGACCAAGACAGGUCACAUGACACAGGCAAGCAGGGACACGUGGACAUGUGACCAGCGUUAUCGUCAUGAACUUCAAGAACUAAAAUCUGUUGCAUUUAGGCUCCAGCGCGAGUUACAGAGAUUACUGAGUAACAAUUCGAACAGUCCCAGGCGAGGGGAAUUCCGGACUAAUAUAAUGCUACUAGCGUAUAAGCGAUCAGGAUCUUCCUUCGUUGGCCAGUUAUUAAACCAACACCCAGAUGUCAUGUACCUCUACGAGCCAUUGUACUUCGUGAAGAGCCUGUCGGAGAGGCACCCAAGUGCGUUCAGGCUUCUAUCGCAUACACUGCUUAGCAUCAUCUACACGUGUAACUUUCAGAGACACCCAUACUUUGUUAGCCAGCUGUCUGAUUCGCCCUUUCGUUUAUACACACGGCCACUGUCCGACCCUCCAAUGUGUCCGGCUAGGAUCAGUCCGGACAAGAUUCAAGACCACUGUCAACGGCUCUAUGCUAGAACAUUGAGAGACAUCUGCCAAUCAUUUCGUUAUAUCGUUGUAAAAAGUAUACGUGUAGAGUCGUUAGAGAGUCUGGUUGAGUUCAAAGAGUUUAGUAUCGAGUCACCGUGGACCGUAUUUAAAGUCGUCCACCUCGUGCGGGAUCCCCGUGCUAUAAUCAGCUCGCGCCUCCGAACAGAAACAUCCACAUGGACAGCAGAUAACGUAAAAAAGCAUGCGCGAGCACUUUGUACCCGAAUGUUAAGAAAUCUGCAGAAAGGUACCGCAAAACAUUGGACAGGGAACUAUCACGUGAUUCGCUACGAGGACGUGGCGGAGGAUCCCGAGAAGGCAGCGAAGGAACUCUACGAGUAUCUAAGGCUGAGUAAGACGACACGAAUUCGCGAUUGGGUCACGGCCAACGCCCAUGGUAAACACAAUGAAAACGCGUUCUCGACGACUAAGAACGCGACUAUAGCGAUUAAUACUUGGCGUUUGACAAACGAUUUAGAGACUAUUCGUGUGAUCGAGGCCGAAUGUUCCCGUGUUAUGAUGCUAUUGGGAUACAGACGGGCGGGGACUGGCGCCGAGAUGAGGGACCUGUCUCGCCGGAUGUACGAUAAAAACGAGGGACCGAGCGUGUUUGUGACAGACAUCGUACACGAAGCGAUAACACAGGAAGACGUUACCAUAGAGCACGACAUUCAUGUGACAACAUGAUUGGCCAUCCCACAACAUCCCAUGCUUCACUUUGUACAGAGCUAUACGCCAAGUCAGUCACGCGACACAGGGCAAUAAGCCAUGUUAGCCACGUGACAACAUAACAGGUCGGUCACGUGACACACCAUCCCAUGCAAGUCACGUUGUACAGAGCUAUACGCCAAGUCAGUCACGCGACACAGGGCAAUAAAACAUGUCAGCCACGUUACAACAUAACAGGUCACGUGGCACAAAGCCCUGCCAUUCACGUGACAUAGCAUUGCAGCAUGUAAGUCACAUGUCACAACAUAGCAGCGCGGGAGAGGAACGCAUGAGUGGUUGAUGUUAUUUACUUUAUUUAAUUUCGCAAAUGGUUUUUCUUCAUAAUUUUACCUUUAUUAUAGAAAAAUAUUUUUGUGUAACGUCUUCUCUGUAUUAUGUUUAGGCUUUUUCAUUAUACUUUUUAAGAAAUAUCUAACUAAUCCCGAAUAGUAACGCUUAUAAAUAAAUCUUUAUGGUGAUUGAAUUAACAAAAAGAACCGUUAAUGUCA